AUGGCGCCGCAAUUGCGAAUUUUAUCUAAUGUCAUAGAGGUAAUUUUUUUAUAUAUUUCCUGUUUUUUUUUUAUUGUCAUAUGAAUUAACUGUACAAGUGAAUUUGCAGCGUUUAAAAAAUAUAAAGGACGAUGUAACAGGUCAUUUAUAUGGUGUUAUGUAUAAUAACACAUUAACAGUACUGACAUUUAGUAUAAAUGUAACAGACAAUGUUGAAGCUAAUAUAAAUCAUACAACGUUACAAUUACAUAUGUCAGCAGAAGUAUACCUUUGUGGUAUUUUGCAUGUAGGUCAAUGUGAAGAAAAACUUCCUGAAAUGUUUCAGGACAUUGAUAUCACGGAUAAUCCAUUAUUUUUGAAAUAUACACAUGACAAUUUAAAGACACAAGCAUAUUUUUAUAUCCAUUUAAAACUUGAACCUGUUAAUGACAUAAAAAUCAUUAAUGAGAAUGAUAUUCGUCGAGAAUUUAUUUAUAUUAGGUUAAGAGGAAGCCUGCCAUUAAUUGCACAGAAUGAUAAUAUAAUAGAAGUAUUAGAAGAAUCAAAAAAAAAUAUUGUAUCAGGUAAAGUAGGAAUUCAUUUUCCAUCAAAAAAUGCUUUUAUCUUUAAUAGUGAAAAUAUUGAAAAAGAUAUAUCUUUGAGAGAAAUUUUAAAUAUAUUUGAUUCUGAAGGAAACAAAAAUAUGAAGAAAGAUGUGAAACCUACGGGAAUAGAGGAUCAUUCAACAGUUUGGAAUGUAAUUUAUUUAUUGAUACACUGUCAUUGGUUAACCUUAAUGUAAGUUCAGCAGAUCUCUACGGCAUAUUAGUAGAAUCUAUGUGCCGAAAUAUUAAAUUGAUAGAAAAAUGCUUUGAGGAUCAACUGCAAAAAUCAGAAACAUCUAUAAAACUUCCACUACCCAUCCAUUUCAAACCUCAAGGUUUUGGACAUUUAAUCACAGUAGUGUAUCCAAGUGGUUAUAGUGAUAAAGAAACAAUGGAAUAUCGUGAAAAUUUACAUAAAAUUUUGGGAUUAAAUAUGACCAGGCCGUAUUUCCGUUAUGGAAAUGCUGUUAAAUUUUAUAAUGAUUCACAAACAGACAGUAUACUUAUAAAUCCUCAUGAAGCAAUUUCAACAAAUAAUGAUAUAAUAAACGGUAAUCGAAGAGUACAAAUUGUACAAGGUUUAUAUAUGUAUCAUCAUUAUAUGCAAGAUAAUUUUGAUGAUAAUGGUUGGGGGUGUGCAUAUAGAUCUCUGCAAACCAUUAUUUCAUGGUUUAGGUUACAAGGUUACACUGAAAUAUCAAUACCCUCUCAUCGUCUAAUACAAAAAUGUUUAGUUGAUAUAGGAGAUAAACCUUCAAACUUUGUUAAUAGUAAACAAUGGAUUGGCUCUACGGAAGUAGGUUUUGUACUAGAGAGUCUUUUGGAUAUUAGUGUUAAAGUAUUAUGUGCAUCUACAGGUGAAGAAGUGUCAUCAUUAGCUCCAAAUUUACUGCAUCAUUUUCAAACACAGGGCACACCAGUAAUGAUUGGUGGAGGAGUGUUAGCACAUACAAUUUUAGGAAUCAGCUAUGAUCAAACUACUGGAGACGUUAAAUUUUUAAUUUUGGAUCCUCAUUACACAGGUUCCGAACAUUUGCCAACUAUAGUAAACAAAGGUUGGUGUGGAUGGAAAUCAAAAAAUUUUUGGAAAAAAGAUGCAUUUUACAACAUGUGUCUUCCUCAGAGGCCAAUAUGCAUAUGA